CACUCUCAACUCAAGUAUCAGCACAAAGCACUCUUGUAGAGAAGGCCACAAAGCAACGGUUCUCUCAAUGUCAAUCGCUUCACCCACUUCGUAUUUGAGCUCUUUCAGCCUUUCUGUUAAUGACUCUAUCCUUUCAUCUUCACCCUUAAAGUACCUUAAAUUCCCACGUUUUUGGCCAUGGCAGAAGGUAAAGUUGGGUCCACUUGCCGUAUCUCCGAUGGGGUUUGGGACAUGGGCAUGGGGAAACCAGCUUCUUUGGGGAUAUCAGGAAUCCAUGGACAGUGAGCUCCAAGAGGUUUUUAAUCUAGCGGUUGAGAAUGGUAUUAAUCUCUUUGACACGGCUGAUUCUUAUGGGACUGGAAGAUUGAAUGGCCAGAGCGAAAAACUUCUUGGGAAGUUCAUCCGGCAAAAGCAGAUGCGAGAUAACAUCGUGAUUGCUACUAAGUUUGCUGCAUAUCCAUGGCGCCUGACUCCUGGUCAGUUUGUGAAUGCUUGCAAGUCUUCUCUGGAGAGGAUGCAAAUUGAGAAAAUUGGAAUAGGACAACUACACUGGUCAACUGCAAACUAUGCCCCUCUGCAGGAGCAAGCUCUUUGGGAUGGUUUGGUGGCAAUGUAUGAUAAGGGUUUAGUUGAAGCAGUGGGGGUUAGCAAUUAUGGUCCAAAGCAGCUUGUGAAGAUACAUGAUUACCUUAAAGCUCGAGGAGUCCCUUUAAGCUCAGCUCAGGUGCAGUUUUCAUUGCUGAGCAUGGGAGAAGAUCAGAUGGAAAUCAAGAAUACAUGUGACUCUCUGGGUGUCCGCUUGAUUUCUUACAGUCCUCUGGGGCUUGGAAUGCUUACUGGAAAAUAUACACCUUCUAAUCUUCCACGUGGGCCUCGGGGUCUGUUGUUCAGCCAAAUUUUACCGGGGCUGCAGCCUUUGUUGAGUUCACUAAAAGAAAUUGCACAAAAAAGAAGCAAAACUAUCCCACAGGUUGCUAUAAACUGGUGCAUCAGGCAGGGUACCAUUCCUAUACCUGGAGUUAAGACGGUUAAACAAGCAGAGGAGAAUUUGGGUGCCCUUGGUUGGUAUCUCAGUCCAAAAGAGUUGCUUCAGUUAGAAUCUGCAGCGCAGGAAUCUCCUCGCAAGAUGAUCCAAAACAUUUUUCAGACAAGGUGAAGCAGCUUCUAUUGUAUCAGCUUCUUCCUGGGAAAGAAUCCCUGCCCCCUUUUCUUUUCUUUUUCAUUUUCCUUUUUCCUUUCUCUUUUGUAAAUUUCCCAAAAUUCAUACAUCGAACUACUUUUUUGUCUGCUACUGUUUCCUUUACAAACUACAGAUAACAUUUGGAAGUUAUGGCGAAUAAAGUGGCAUCCAUGAAAACACAAAAGCAA